AUGGACUGGCCGUGCGGCGUGCCCAGGAUCAGCUCGGAAAAGCGAAAGGAGAGCAGGAGUGUCGCCCACCACUUCGCACCCUCCUCUCUCCCACGGGUGACCGCAGGCGGCAGUGAAAAGGACCAUCCGGGGGCCGACCACGCACCAUGCCAUGUGCGCUCUGACUCUCUUCCUCCCUCGUCCGCUCCAACUCCAACUCCUCCUCCCCCGGAUCCAGAGUUCCGCGGCGGCAUGCUGGCAGUGGUGACAGCUGGCGGCCGCCUGGUCCUCAUGGCGCUGUGCUUCCCCUCGGCUAGCAUGUGCCCCAAAGGCUGCAUCUGCCAACGGGACUCCCACCUGCACGGCCUCAAUGUCACCUGCAGCCACGCCCGCUUCAAGGAGAUCCCUGCCGGCUUGCCCGUGGACACUGUUCUCCUACGUCUGGACCACAACCAAAUCGGAACGGUCCCGGAUCAGAUCUUCCACGGCUUGCGGUACCUGAGGGAGCUGAACUUGUCCUACAACAUCGUGGAGACCCUCGGCGAAGGCGCGUUCAGCGGCAUCGAAGCGACCUUGCAAGUGCUGGACCUUUCGCACAAUCGGAUUACCAGCGUGCACAAGGAUGCGUUCGCCAGGUUGAAGGCCAGGGUGAUUGUGGAUGAUAACCCCUGGCACUGCGAUUGCACCCUGCAGCAGGCGAUCGGGGGCAUGGCGCACAACCACGAGGCGGCAGCCAGGGUGCUCUGCCGGAGUUCCGAAAUACGGGACCAGGAAGGCCGGCCGUUUUUAGCAGUGGACACCGAUCUCUGCAACUUGGCGAAAAGGACAACGGACUAUGCCAUGCUGGUGACCAUGUUUGGGUGGUUCGCCAUGGUGAUUUCCUACGUGGUCUACUACGUGCGGCAGAAUCAGGAGGACGCGCGGCGGCAUUUGGAGUACCUGAAGUCGCUCCCCAGCAAGCCCAAGAAACCAGACGAGGCGGACGAUAUAAGCACUGUUGUUUAA